UACGCCUGAUCGGGCGAUCUCACCUGCUGCAGUGAGCCAUUCGCCGAGCGAUCCUUAAACAGCCUGUGGUCGCCCCCUGUCGUUCUUCCGCUUUGUCUCACUCUACCUUCAACGAGCUCGCUGUUCGGUGUACUUGACUUCUGAUCAGCCUGGCCAUGGCUCUCAUCCCGCCGAACCCAGCCGUUGAUCUCGUAGAGGACGACGGGACGGUCUGCACAAAGGAGCAUUGCUUCCGAUGCUUUGAUGCGCUCUUCUGUGCGCUGACCGGGCACAAGGCCGUCGCACCCAAGUUUCCAGACGAGAAAUACCCGCUUUUUGUCACCUGGAACACCAGGUCGUCCCGCCCCGGCCGCCCGCCCAGGUUGCGAGGCUGCAUCGGGACGUUUGAGGCGGUCCCUAUACGGGAGGGCUUGGCUGAGUAUGCCCUGAUCAGUGCGUUCGAAGACCAUCGAUUCAGGAAGAUAGAGGAGCGGGAGCUGGAGACCUUGGAAUGCGGAGUCUCGCUCCUCACUGACUUUGAGGACGGUUCGUCGUACCUCGACUGGACGAUUGGUGUGCACGGCAUCCGCAUCUCGUUCCCGCAUCCUUCUCUACUCCCAGCCGGGGCUGAAUCUCCCUCCGAGGCACCCUCUCCUUACGCAUCGUCCACCUCUGUGCCCACUAGAAGCGCGCUGAAGCACAAGUUCUUCGCGACAUACCUCCCACAGAUCGCCCCGGAGCAAGGCUGGGACAAGAUCGAGACAGUAGACAGUGCGAUCCACAAGGCAGGUUGGAACGGUCGCAUCACCGAGGAUAUCCGCCGCAGUGUGAAGCUGCGCCGAUACCAGAGCCGGAAGUGCACCGCAAGCUGGGAGGAGUACGUCCAGUGGCGGACGGAGCACGGCGGUUCCAUGUAAUCACUCGUGGUUUUGCAGCAUGGACUAGCACCUUCCUCACAUAUGUAAAGCAU